AUGGCAAGUCCCGACAAAGCCCUGGAGUCUAAUGAAAAGCUUCUUGUGUGUUUUCCUCUCAGGAGGGGCGUGAUGGUCCGAACAAGGCACACGUUUGAAUCCUGCCUCGUCUCGCUGCUGUUGGCCUCUAGUGUUUAUCGUCUAAACGCUGAAUACUCCAGCUGUGGAGAAAAUGAAUUCUACAACCACAGCAGCAGCAGCUGUCGGCCAUGCCCACAGUGCCAACCAGGAAAAGAACCAUACAUGAACUGUGGAUAUGGUGUUAAAGAUGAGGACUAUAACUGUGUGCCGUGCCCACCAGGGAAAUUCUCCAGGGGUAAAUAUGAAAUUUGCCGUCGUCAUAAAGACUGUGAUGCUCUGUACAGAGCGACAGUGCUGAUAUCAGGGACUAAAGAGAGCGACGCAGAGUGUGGACCCUGUUUACCUGGGUACUACAUUUUGGAAAAUCGUCCCAGAAACAUCUAUGGCAUGGUGUGUCAUUCCUGUCAGAACUCUCCACGAAACACCAAAGAGUGUAUGCAAACAGUUUCAUCAAAACUUGGAUCUGGAGUAUCGUCCACCAGCACCACCACGUUUCCUCAUGCAGAGAAAGAUCCAACAGGACAGGGUCACCUAGCAACAGCGCUCAUCAUUGCUAUGUCAACCAUCUUCAUCAUGGCCAUCGCUAUAGUAAUGAUCAUCAUGUUCUACAUUCUAAAAGCCAAGCCAAAUGGUCAAGCAUGCUGUGCGAGUCAGCUUGUAAAAACCAUAGAGGCUCCAACAAACAAGCAGGAGGAGAAGAAAGAGGUUCAAGAAAAUGUUGCUAUAUUUACAGAGAAGGAUGAGUUUAAACCUCCACCUCCUCCAAAAACUGUGAAAAGUGAAAACGAUGCAUCAUCAGAGAACGAGCAGCUGUUGAGUCGAAGCAUCGACAGUGACGAGGAAGCAGCACAGGAAAAACAGGAAGUGACUGAUCUGUGUCUUUUAUCACUCGUUAUCCCACGAGAUACAGUCUGCUCAAACAACCACACCAACAACAACUGCACAAUCAACAACUGCACCAACAACAACAACUGCACCAACAGCAGCAAAACAGUGGGGAUUCACAGUCGGCGGAAAAAAAUCCUGGAUUUGUACACCAAAGCCUGCAAUGUUACAGAGGGUCAGAGUCCCGUGGAGUUGCCCUUCGACUGCCUGGAGCGAACAAGCCGCAUGUUGAGCACCACCUACAGUGCAGAGAAGGCGUUAGUCAGGACGUGGCGUCACCUGGCUGAGAGUUUCGGACUAAAGCGUGAUGAAAUCGGAGGGAUGACCGAUGGCAUGCAACUGUUUGACCGAAUCAGCACAGCUGGAUACAGCAUCCCGGACCUGCUAGCAAGACUCGUCCAGAUCGAGAGGUUGGACGUGGUGGAAGCGCUAUGCUUCGAUAUUCUUGGAGCACCCACUUCUGGCCAACAGCUAAUCAUUUCUUCCCGUUGUGCCAGUGUUUGAGGGGACAGAAAUUUCAAAACAAAACAGAAAUGAAGAACGGGGACAAAACAGGUAGCUCUUUAGGCUCCGAUUCUCAAGAACAGUAAUUUAUUACAUUUAUAUACAAUCUUUAUAAAGCAGCACAAAAAAAUAACAAAAGCAGAAACACUUGUGAGUGU